GCUUAUUCUUCAGCGUUGACGCUCUCGGUGAUCCCUGGGAUUCCCGUUAAUAUCCCGACUUUCCUUCAUAAUUUUCUGCGUUUUUAAUGGCUGUUUGUGAGCUAGGGGGGCAGCUGCGGGUCUCUGCCGGGUCUCAGCGUCUCUCCGCCGGCCUGCCGGAGGAGCGGGACUCGGUGUGUGGAGGUGUGGAUGCGGCGGACCGGCGGUGAUAAAUCGGCGCUGUAAUCUCCGGGUUUUAACUGGAAACGGCGAACAGACGGCGGCAGGAACCAGAGAGGGAUUGAACCCGAUUUCAACCGACUGACUCUCGAAUUGGGAAUUAUUUUUAAAUCGACUCAAACUGUCGGUUAUUUUUUGCAAACGGCCCAAACGGAGCAACGGUGAAAAACGUAAAGAUUUACCUGAUAUUCCGUCACUUUGAGCAGUCAGACAUGUGCUAUGAAUACAUGAUUUAUUUCAUAUUUACCUUCUCAGAAAACACUGAAGCCUUCCUGGAAUAUAUCCCGUUUAUAUCAAAUAACCUUCAGCGGAAAUGAUGUGAAUUUUUGGUCACUUUGGAUUAUUUGUUCGCUAAACGCUCCCCAUAGGGAUUCCACGGAUCGGUAGAUUUAUUAAAAAUGUCCCUGAAGGCUGCCGUAGCUGUCAUCUGAAUUCUAUAAGAACCUCUAUUAGCUCCUCUAUUAGCUCCUCUGCUAGCACAAAUACUGUUUAUGAAUCAUAAACAAAACUUGAAUUUAAUAAACUACAACAAUAAAAACGUGUUAAAUAAUAAUCACAUCCUAACGAGGCGUCAGUUAAUACUCAUAUUUAUUAGACAUGUUGUUUAAAUGAAGCUAAAUCUGAUCGUUUCUCCUCAAAUAUUAGACUUUAAUUUGUCUAUAUUGAUUUAACAUUGAUUUUAUUGCAGCUCCUACUUUUUAAUUGAGUUUGUGCCACAUGUUUCAGUAUAAAAAAGGCUUUAUUUUCGUGUAAAUCAAAUAAUCUGCUGUGUGAUAUUAAUGUAAGACAUCUCUAGCUACAAUAAAUCUCUGACUUUGUCCAACAGGAAGUCAUUUAGUGUCUAAGUUUUAAAGCUUUGCCUCAUCAUAUUAAAUAUAAUGUCCAGUUGAUUUUCAGCCUGAUGACCUCUGAGGUUAAAAUCCAAAAUAAGACAAAUUAUUUAAGACUUUGUUUCUGAGAGAUCAGCGGCUAAAUUCUUAAAAUUUAUGAUACAGCUGAAGUUAAAAAAGAACCACCUGGAGACUGGUUCUGUACACUGAGACAAAUGUAGCUGUAAACCUGGAGAUUAUCCUCUGGUCAUCCUCUAACAGUCCUCUUUAGAGGGGAAACCUGCACAGUUAAAGGGACAGUACGAUCUUCCAAUCAGCGUAAAGACGUAAAGUUUUGUAGUCCUACAUCGCUGACGCCCACACAUUCAUCACCAAGUAAAAACGUGAGCGUAACAAAAUCAGACGUCUGAUGUGUUUGCGAAACUUUUCAAACAUUAGUUAGCAGGCUGGAAUUGUGGGAAGUGUAGUUUCACGGUUAAAGACACGACAAUAAUGGACUACAACACCCAGCAGCAUUAGCAGCAGCAGACUUGGAUGGACACUAUUUUUGUGUUUGCACAGAAGAGAUUUUUCAUUGCAGAUGCUGCAUCAGGAACGUGUUCAGAUCUCUACGCUCAGGCGCUGAUCCCCCCCCACUGAGGAUCUUUGAUGUUGACUUUCCAGUUCUGAGGCGACAUGUCGGAUAAGACGGCGCCGCGCUGCCAGCUGAGGCUGGAGUGGAUCCAUGGUUACAGAGGUCACCAGUGUCGUAACAACCUGUAUUACACCGCGGGGAAAGAGGUGGUGUACUUCGUGGCUGGAGUGGGCGUGGUCUACAACACCAGAGAACACACCCAGAAGUUCUACCUGGGACACAAUGAUGACAUCAUCAGUCUGGCGAUGCAUCCAGAUAAGAUCCAGGUCGCCACGGGUCAGGUGGGUAAGGACCCGUACAUCUGUAUCUGGGACACGUACGCAAUGCAGACGGUCUCCAUCCUGAGGGACGUCCACACUCACGGAGUCGCCUGUUUGGCCUUCGACUCUGACGGACAGCGUUUGGGGUCUGUCGGUUUGGACGCCAAAAACACUCUCUGUGUUUGGGAUUGGAGGAGAGGACGGGUCCUCGCCACGGCAACCGGACACUCAGACAGAAUCUUUGACGUGUCCUGGGACCCGUUCACGUCCAGUCGUCUGGUCAGCUGUGGAGUCAAACACAUUAAGUUCUGGACACUGUGUGGAAACGCUCUGACCCCUAAGAGAGGCAUUUUUGGUAAGACGGGCGACCUGCAGACCAUCCUGUGUGUUUCUGCAGCCAAAGAGGAGCUGACGUACUCUGGAGCUCUGAACGGAGACGUUUACGUGUGGAAGGGGAUCACGCUGAUCAGGACUGUGCAGGCUGCACAUGGGGCGGGGAUCUUCAGCAUGCAUGCCUGUGAGGAAGGAUUUGCCACAGGGGGACGAGACGGCUGCAUCCGCCUGUGGGACGUCGACUUCAAACCCAUCACCAAGAUCGACCUGAGGGAGGCGGAGCAAGGAUACAAAAGUCUGUCGAUCCGCAGUGUUUGCUGGAAGGCAGACCGGAUUCUGGCGGGAACACAGGAUAGUGAGAUUUUUGAGGUCAUGGUCCGAGACCGGGACAAACCGGUUCUUCUGAUGCAGGGACACAGCGAGGGCGAGCUGUGGGCGCUUGACCUGCACCCAAAACAGCCAGUCGCAGUCACUGGGAGCGACGACCGCUCCGUCAGGCUGUGGAGUCUUCCCGACCACACUCUGUUGGCUCGCUGUAACAUGGAGGAAUCAGUCCGCAGUGUUUCCUUCAAUAACGAUGGCUCUCAGCUCGCUUUGGGGAUGAAGGACGGUUCUUUCACCGUGCUGAGAGUCAGAGACAUGACGGAGGUCGUGCACAUCAAGGACAGAAAAGAAGUGAUACACGAGCUGAAGUUUUCACCCGAUGGUUCCUUCCUGGCGGUGGGCUCAAACGACGGGCUGGUGGACGUCUACGCCGUCGCUCAGCGUUACAAGAAGGUGGGCGAGUGCAGCCGCUCCGCCUCCUUCAUCACCCACCUGGACUGGUCGGUGGACAGCCGCUUCCUGCAGACAAACGAUGGCGCUGGGGAGCGGCUCUUCUACAGGAUGCCAGCGGGUAAGCUGGUCCCGAAAGAGGAGUCAAAGGGGAUCCACUGGAUGACCUGGACAGGUGUGGUGGGUGCGGAGGUGAACGGCAUCUGGCCUAAAUACUCAAACAUCACCAACAUCAACUCUGUGGACGCCAACUACAGCAGCGCCGUGCUGGUGACCGGAGACGACCUGGGACUCGUCAAACUCUUCAGGUUCCCCUGUCUGAAGAAAGGAGCCAAAUUCAAGAAGUACAUCGGUCACUCUGCCCAUGUGACAAACGUCCGCUGGUCAAACGACCUGCAGUGGGUCAUCAGCACGGGCGGGGCUGACCACGCCGUCUUCCAGUGGAGGUUCCUGCCUGAGGGGGUCAUGAAUGGCGUCCUGGAGCCCCUCCUCCAAGAGGGUUACGCUGAUUCCAACAGCGGAGAGUCGGACUCGGAUCUGUCGGACGUCCCGGAGCUCGACUCAGACAUCGAACAGGAAGCUCAGACCAGCUACGAACGCCAGGUGUAUAAGGAGGACCUGCCUCAGCUGAGGAAGAAGCUGAUUGGUUCCCUGAAGAGGCAGAAAGCUCCGGAGGAGGGGCUUCGUCUGCAGUUUGUUCACGGGUAUCGGGGCUUUGACUGUCGUAACAACCUGUUCUACAGUCAGAGCGGCGAGGUGGUGUACCACGUGGCCGCCGUCGCCGUUGUCUACAACCGUCUGCAGCACAGUCAGAGGUUUUACCUCGGCCACGACGACGACAUCCUCAGCCUCACCGUCCACCCGCUCAAAGACUACGUGGCCUCCGCGCAGGUGGGCAGAGACCCGGCGGUCCAUGUGUGGGACAUCCAGACUCUGAAGUGUCUGUCUCUGCUGAAAGGACACCACAGCAGAGGAGUGUCUGCGCUGGAGUUUACAGCCGACGGAAAGAGUUUGGUCUCGGCGGGAAUCGAUGAGUUUCACUCCAUCGUCAUCUGGGACUGGAAGAAAGGAGAGAGGCUGGCCAAAGCUCGGGGUCAUAAAGAUAAGAUCUUUGUGGUGAGGAGUAACCCGUUCAGGAUGGACAAACUGGUGACGGUCGGCAUGAAACACAUCAAGUUCUGGCAACAUUCAGGGGGCGGUCUGACCUUCAAGCGGGGGAUCUUCGGGAACCUGGGGAAGCAGGAGACGAUGAUGUCGGCGUGUUACGGUCGAUCGGAGGACCUGGUUUUCUCCGGAGCGACAAACGGAGACGUUUAUAUCUGGAGGGACACGACGCUCAUCAAGACCGUCAAAGCACACGACGGCCCCGUGUUCGCCAUGUGCUCCUUGGACAAGGGUUUCGUGACGGGGGGGAAGGAUGGCAUCGUGGAGCUGUGGGACGACAUGUUUGAGAGAUGUUUGAAGACGUACGCCAUCAAGAGAGCCGCUCUGUCCCCUUCAUCCAAAGGUCUGCUGCUGGAGGACAACCCGUCCAUCAGAGCCAUCACCCUGGGUCACGGUCACAUCCUGCUGGGGACCAAGAACGGAGAAAUCCUCGAGAUCGACAAGAGUGGACCAAUGACACUGCUGGUUCAGGGUCACAUGGAAGGCGAGGUUUGGGGUUUGGCGGCUCAUCCUCUCCUUCCCGUCUGUGCGACCGUCAGCGACGACAAAACUCUGAGGAUCUGGGAGCUGUCCAACAACCACCGCAUGGUCGCUGUGCGGAAACUCAAGAAGGGCGGGCGGUGCUGCGCCUUCUCUCCGGACGGUAAAGCUCUGGCGGUCGGUCUGAACGACGGCAGCUUCCUGGUGGUGAACGCCGACACGCUGGAGGACAUGGUGACCUUCCACCACCGCAAGGAGCUCAUCUCUGACAUCCGCUUCUCCCUAGACGCGGGGAAGUACCUGGCUGUGGCGUCACAUGACUCCUUCGUGGACAUCUACAACGUCCUGACCAGUAAGAGAGUCGGCAUCUGUAAGGGAGCCGGGAGCUACAUCACACACAUGGACUGGGACUCCAGAGGUAAACUGCUGCAGGUGAACACCGGAGCUAAAGAGCAGCUUUUCUUUGAGGCUCCACGAGGACGAAAACAGAACAUCAGCGUGGCCGAGUUCGAGAAGCUGGACUGGGCGAGCUGGACGUCUGUUCUGGGUCCGACCUGUGAGGGAAUCUGGCCGGCGCUCAGCUUCGUUAACUCCGCCUCCCUCACCAAAGAUCAUAAACUGCUCGCCACGGGAGACGACUUCGGCUUCCUCAAACUGUUCAGCUUCCCGUCCAGGGGACAGUUUGCUAAGUUUAAGAAGUACAUGGGUCACAGCACCAACGUCACCAACGUCCGCUGGUCCAACGACGACUCCCUCCUGCUGUCGGUGGGCGGGGCCGACACGGCGCUGAUGAUCUGGAGCAGAGAGCCUCCCGGUCACAAAGAGAGCAAAGCUGUGGACAGCGAGGAGUCGGACGACGACACCGAGGAGGACGGGGGGUACGACAGCGACGUGGCUCGGGAGAAGGCGGUGGACUACGUCACAAAGAUCUACUCGGCCAGCAUCAGAAACAUGACGGGAACCCGACCUCACCUGCAGCACAAAGAGCUUCCUGUGGAGGAGAGGUACACAGCAUGUUUAUUCAUCCGCCGUUCUGAGGACAACAUGUUGAGAUACUGUGUUUUACCGAUGUUCCCUGAACGUGUCUUUGUCAGACCUCCUGUGAGUCGAGCUGCUCCGCUGCCCGACAAGCUGCUGAGAAACAACGUGACGAAGAAGAAGAAGGUGGUGGAGGAGCUGGUGUUGGAACACGUCUUCGGCUACAGAGGCUUCGACUGUCGUAACAACCUGCAUUACCUCAACGACGGCGCUGACAUCAUCUUUCACACGGCCGCCGCCGUCAUCAUCCAGAACCUGUCUGCUGGAACUCAGAGUUUUUACCUGGAACACACGGACGACAUCCUGUGUCUGACUGUCAAUCAACACCCCAAAUAUCAAAACAUCAUCGCCACGGGACAGAUCGGUGACAUCAGCGACCUUCCAGAGGCUGAUGUGUCGGGCCUCGCUCCAUCCAUCCAUGUGUGGGACGCUAUGACCAAGCAGACGCUGUCCAUCCUCCGCUGCUCCCACGCCAAAGGUGUCGGCUACGUCAACUUCAGUGCCACAGGGAAGCUGCUGCUGUCGGUGGGGGUGGAGCCUGAACACACCAUCACAGUGUGGAGGUGGCAGGAAGGCUCCAAGGUGACGAGUAAAGGAGGCCACGCUGAGCGGAUCUUGGUGGUGGAGUUCAGACCGGACUCUGACACUCAGUUUGUGUCGGUGGGGAUCAAACACAUCAAGUUCUGGACUCUUGUUGGAGGGUCGCUCGUGUAUAAGAAAGGAGUGAUCGGCUCGGUGGAGGACGGACGGAUGCAGACCAUGCUGUCGGUCGCCUUUGGUGCUAACAACCUGACGUUCACCGGUGCUAUCAACGGAGACGUGUUCGUAUGGAGGGAACACUUCCUGAUUCGUGUGGUGGCCAAGGCGCACAGCGGUCCGGUCUUCACCAUGUACACCACCCUCAGGGAUGGACUCAUCGUCACCGGGGGGAAAGAGCGGCCGACUAAAGAGGGCGGGGCCGUGAAGCUUUGGGAUCAGGAGAUGAAGCGCUGCAGAGCGUUCCAGCUGGAGACUGGGCAGCCGGUGGAGAACGUCCGCUCCGUCUGCAGAGGGAAGGGUAAAAUCCUGGUAGGAACCAAAGACGGAGAGAUCAUAGAGGUUGGAGAAAAGAACGCCGCCUCCAACACCAUGAUCAACGGACACACUCAGGGGGGCAUCUGGGGUUUGGCGACUCAUCCUUUCAAAGACGUCUUCAUCUCUGCCAGUGAUGAUGGGACCAUCCGGAUAUGGGACCUGGCUGAUAAGAAACUUCUGAAUAAGGUGAGUUUGGGUCAUCCUGCCAAGUGCACCUCCUACAGUCCAAACGGAGAGAUGGUUUCCAUCGGGAUGGAGAACGGCGAGUUCAUCGUUCUGCUGGUCAACUCGCUCACCGUGUGGGGAAAGAAGAGAGACCGCAGCGUGGCCAUCCAGGACAUCCGGUUCAGUCCAGAUAACAGGUUCUUGGCGGUGGGUUCAGUGGAAAGUGCCGUGGAUUUCUACGACCUUUCUCUGGGUCCGUCCUUGAACAGGAUUGGCUACUGUAAAGACAUCCCCGGCUUCGUCAUCCAGAUCGACUUCUCUGCCGACAGCAAACACAUCCAGGUUUCCACCAGCACCUACACUCGCCAGGUGCACGAGGUGCCCUCGGGGAAAGUGGUCACAGAUCAGGCCGUCUUUGAGAGGAUCACCUGGGCUACCUGGACCAGCAUCCUCGGCGACGAGGUUCUUGGCGUUUGGCCUCGUAACACUGAGAAGGCCGACGUGAACUGUGCUUGUGUUUCACACGCCGGUCUCAACCUGGUGACCGGAGACGACUUCGGCCUCAUCAAGCUCUUUGAAUUCCCGUGUUCAGAGAAAUUCGCCAAACACAAACGAUACUUCGGCCACUCAGCCCAUGUGACAAACAUCCGCUUCUCCUGUGAUGAUAAAUACGUCAUCAGUGCUGGAGGCAGCGACUGCAGUUUGUUUGUGUGGAAAUGUCAGUGAGAUCUCCAUAAACCUGAAUCCUCCUCCUUCCUUUCCUCCUCCUUCCUUUCCUCCUUCCUCUCCUCCUCCUCCUUCCUGUCCUCCUCCUUCCUCUCCUCCUACUCCUUCCUCUCCUCCUACUCCUUCCUCUCCUCCUUCCUCUCCUCCUACUCCUUCCUCUCCUCCUUCCUCUCCUCCUCCUUCCUCUCCUCCUACUCCUUCCUCUCCUCCUACUCCUUCCUCUCCUCCUUCCUCUCCUCCUACUCCUUCCUCUCCUCCUUCCUCUCCUCCUCCUUCCUCUCCUCCUACUCCUUCCUCUCCUCCUUCCUCUCCUCCUCCUUCCUCUCCUCCUUCCUCUCCUCCUCCUUCCUCUCCUCCUACUCCUUCCUCUCCUCCUUCCUCUCCUCCUUCCUCUUCUCCUCCUUCUUCUCCUCUGAUGCUGCACUCGUCUGCUGAGCCUCGGCCCCUUAAUCUGAGAGAAAACCACCAGGACGUCAGACGAAACAAAGAGUUUCAAUCUUCUGACGGCUGCUGACAGACUGGAUGCUGUGACGCGUUCUGCUGCGUGAGGCUCCGCCCCCCUGUCAGUGGAGUCUCUCUACCUUCCCGUACAUUGAGACGCAUCCGUGUGAAACUGAACUUGAUCUUUCAGGUGUUUGAACCUCUUUCAAGAACUCGUAGCUGUUUUUUCAUGUAGCAUCGUUUCUGUUUGUCAGUACGUGCCUUUCUCACAAACUCUGACCAAACAUUUGAUACAACUUGAUUUAUAACGGUGGUGCUAUGAGUCGGGAUCAUUUAGGGCUUUUUACUGAGUGCUGUGGUCGUUUCGUUUUUGUAUCUCGUACUGUCUCGUGAUGAUGACGCAGUUUGACUGCUCUGCACUGAAAAACUCCAGAAAGAUGGAUCUGUGUUGAUCCCAGCUGUUAAACAUGAAAAUAGUCUAUUAAGAAAAGAGAAAGAAUUCUACCUCAGAAUACUAUAAAGAGAAACUAUAAAGAUCAUAUCUACAGUAGAAAUAGAUUUUAGAGCAUUACGUGACAGAGCACAUGUUGUUAUGGUGACGUAGUUUCUGUUUUUUUGUCCGCUGUAGAAAUAAAACUUGACGAAACUGAACGUUGAUUUACAAACGUCUGAACAGGAUUUAAAGGGAAAAAGCUACAGUGACCUUCUUCUCGACAGAAACAAAGCAGAGCUAAUAAACUGACGUCACUCUAUGAUCAGACAUUAAAGAAACCAGUUAGUAUGUCCUCCUUCUAACUUUAGAUUCUGCUCCUGAAUGCUCUGGAUUUGUUUGGACCAGAGAAGGGGGGGGGGGGGGGGGAGACAGCUCUCUAUGAUGUUUAGAAUUUCAUCUGCAGUACCCAUUUUAAACACUAGGUGUCAGAGUUAAAGAUUUUUAUUCCAUAUUCAGUUUCCGACAGAUAAAGUCUAAAACGAGGACGGAUAAAAUGGAAAAUGCUAAAAGUGUUUUUUGUCUUUUAAAACCCAGAAUUAUUUAACUUAUUUAUCAUAUUUAUAAUAUAGCUUUUAGGUAUCAGUCGUUAGCGGUUGUUUUGUUGGAUAAAGUCGAUAAUUUAUGAGUUUAGUUUGACUCGUAAAAAGUUAGAUUAACAGAAUCCGACAUUUCCCUGAAAGAUAUCAGCUGUAGCUGCUGGAGAGAAACGUGUAUGAUUCAAGUGUUUUAUUUUAAAGUUUAAAGGGUUAAUAGUUGUUAUAUUCUUAAUAAUAGCACAAAAACAACGUGGAUGCAACAGCCGACGUGUUCUCAGUUUUUCUGUUUCUGCAGCAAGAAGAAAUCCAUAAUUUCACCUCAUCUUGUCUGAAAUGUUUUUGUGUCGUUUUGUUGAUGUUUUUUUACGGUUUAUUUUUGGGCUUUUCUAUUCUUAUGAGAAAUAUAGGACAGUGGGUAGAGUCAGAAAUAAUAGAGAGGGGGGGGGGGUGAACCUGGGCCGCCUGCUUGGAGGAUCACAGCCUCCGUUCAGUGUUUACGUAAGGUCACUGGAGGCGGUGCGUUCCUCCGCCAGGGUGACCUUAAUAAAAUCCUGUAGUCUGUGAUGUGUCGUUAUUUUCAUAUCUUGUGGUGUGAGCAUGACAAGAUUAUAGAGAAGAAGAUAUGUUAAGAUUCUCCUGAUGUGUUUGAAAAUGUCUAAAUCAGUCUGUGUCAGGCUUAAUAUCUUAUUCAAACAGAUAUAACCUGGAGAUAUUUUAUAUUUGACAUUGUACAGGCCUCACAAAGCAAAAAAAAUAUCAGGACAUUUUGUGUAAUUACAGAUUUUAACGAGCAUGAACCUUUAAUUUCCCCCCAAAUACGAAUUGAUUCUGGCAGUCUGGUUUUGUGAAAUGAAAGCUGUUUGUGUUCCUGAGAAUUCUCGAUGUAACUUGAAGAUAUGUUCCUUCAGUCUGAGACUCGCUUUACUUUCCUUUGUCUCUAGUAAACUCUGUCGUCACUUCAGCGUGAUGUUUGCAGCCUGCAGGACGUGAACAUCUUCAGAUUGAAUCCUGCUGUUUCUGUUUUCCUCAGAGUUUCCUCAGAGCACAGAGAGAGGUCUGGAAUGUGUUAGCCUUAGCUUAGCACAAACACUGGAAGCAGGGGGAAACUGUUAGCCUGCAACGACUUCUUAAACUGUUCUGUUCUGUGUUUCAUCUCCUCCUCCUGCUGCUGUUUCACUGAAACUGAAGUUGACUCCGCUCUGGUUUCUUUUUGGUCCAGUUUGCCAAAAAGCUGUUUGGAUAUUUUAUAUUUUUCUGUUACAUCAGAUGAAAAGUUUACAGCUUACUGAAAGAAAAUAUAACAGUGUUGAAAAUGUAAAAAUACAUGUUUUACAAUAAAAGUACAAGUAUGAAAGUGGAAA